AUGGCUGCUGAGCCCCCAGUUCGGGCUGAGAUGUACGUGCCCAAGACGUGCAAGGCUGAGAUGAGCGUGGCUGAGAUGGGCAGGAUGGAGACCUGCGUGGCUGAGACACGGAUGGCUGGGACCGGCAUGGCUGAGGUGUGCAUGGCUGUGACAUGGAAACUCAAGAUGUGCACGGCUGCGAUGUGCGUGGCUGAGAUAAGUGUGGCUGAGACGUGCAAGCUCGAGACAUGCACGCCUGGGACGUGCAAGAUGGAAACCUGCACGGCUGAGACGUGCACGGCUGAGAUGUGCAAGAUGGAAACCUGUAUGGUUGAGACUUGCAAGACUGAAACCUGCAUGGCUGAAACGUGCACGGCUGAGACGUGCAUGGCUGAGAUGUGCAAGAUGGAAACCUGCACGGCUGAGACGUGCAUGGCUGAGAUGUGCAAGAUGGAAACCUGUAUGGUUGAGACGUGCAAGAUGGAAACCUGCAUGGCUGAGACAUGCAAGACUGAAACCUGCAUGGCUGAAACGUGCACGGCUGAGACGUGCAUGGCUGAGAUGUGCAAGAUGGAAAACUGCAUGGCUGAGACGUGCAUGGCUGAGAUGUGCAAGAUGGAAACCUGCACGGCUGAGACGUGCAUGGCUGAGAUGUGCAAGCUGGAAACCUGUAUGGCUGAAAUGUGCAUGGCUGAGACGUGGAAGAUGGAAACCUGCAUGGUUGAAACGUGCAAGAUGGAAAUUUGCAUGGCUGAGAUGUGCACGGCUGAGAUGUGCAAGAUGGAAACCUGCAUGGCUGAAACGUGCAUGGCUGAGACAUGCAAGAUGGAAACCUGCACAGCUGAGAUGUGCAAGAUGGAAACCUGCAUGGCUGAAAUGUGCAAGAUGGAAAUCUGCAUGGUUGAGACGUGCAAGAUGGAAACCUGCAUGGCUGAGACGUGCAAGACUGAAACCUGCAUGGCUGAAACGUGCACGGCUGAGACGUGCACGGCUGAGAUGUGCAAGAUGGAAACCUGCACGGCUGAGACGUGCAUGCUCGAGACGUGCACGGCCAGGAUGAGCGUGGCUGAGAGGCACAAGACGGAGCCAUGCGUGCAGCUCGAGUGCUGCAUGCCCGAGCGCUGCACGCCUGAGACACGCCUGCCCGAGCCGUGCAUACCGGUGCCUGACACGUGUGCUCCAGACGUGCCCACCGAGCCGCCUGGCCCCCAGUGCCCCCGCCCUGUGGCACCAGACCCGGCGUGGAGGCACCGCACCGGCACAGGCGACCGCCAUCCAAUCCUCGCUUUAUUCUUCCCCAUCUCGGGUCCUUCUUUACCGUGA